AGUCGAGCAGGAUUUGGGUGUCCAUGCGGCCGACUCGAUCAGAUCUAUUUUGCCUUCCACUUUCCUCUCUCUCAGAUCUAUCGACCCCCCAUUGGUGUUGACUUGAUGGCGGCUGCGAGGAAGAAGAUCGUGGUGAAGGUUGAGCUGAAAGACGACAGCCAGUGCAGGAAGGCGCUCAAAGCACUCUCUGCUCUCCGCGGCAUCCAUGUGAUUUCUGCUAACCCGAGGCAUGGGAACAUCACGGUCGUCGGCGAGGUUAACCCCGAGGAUGUCCUGGCCAGGCUGCAAAAGAAGUUGUUUCCAAACGCUCAGAUCGUCGCCGUCGGGCCCGUCAUGGAGACGAACGAAGUUACAUUCGAGUUCGUGAACCGCAUCACAAACAAUUUCUCCGAGGAGCGAAUAAUUGGUCGUGGUGGCCACGGAGUAGUUUUCAAGGGAUUACAGGACAAUGGGGAAUGCAUUGCUGUGAAGAAGUUUCAUCUCAUGCAGGGGCUUGACAACGAGGAAUUUAAAAAUGAGUUUAAUAAUCUUAUGAGGGUCCAACAUCAAAAUACCAUACGGUUAGUUGGUUACUGCCAUCAUACAGCACAAGUGCCUGUUGAGCGCAAUGGAGAACAUAUUUCUGCUAGAGUGGAAGAAAGAGCCUUAUGCUCUGAAUACUUGCCAGGAGGAAGCCUUGAUAGACAUCUUUCUAAUGAAUCAUGUGCGCUUGAUUGGCACAUAUGUUAUAACAUAAUUAAGGGAUUAUGUGAGGGUUUACAUUACCUUCAUGAAGGAUUCGGGUAUCCUAUUUACCAUCUGGGAUUAAAACCUUCAAAAAUUUUGCUGGAUAAGGACAUGAUGCCCAAAAUUGGGGGUUUUGGUUUCUCUAGACAUUCAACAGAAACCUUCAACACAUCAGAUGUUACGGGAACAAGUGUAUACAUGCCACCAGAAUACAUCAGUACACGUCAAAUUACACCAAAGUUUGAUGUAUUCAGUCUGGGCGUUAUAAUCUUGCAAAUAAUGGCAGGAAAGCAGAGCUACAUCAAAUGUGCAGAUAUUCCUCCUGAAGAAUUUAUUGAGCUUGUAUAUGAAUUAUGGGUGAAUAGGCUGCAGGCCACAAUAUCGAAGCGUACUUCACGUGAAGUUAGAACAUGCAUCCGAAUAGCUCUAAAAUGCGUGGAGUUCAAUCUGAUGAAGAGGCCUACCACAAAUGAAAUCAUACAAGAACUGAAUAAGAUUGAUAUUGUUGAGUGGUCAUUUGAGUUUUUAGAACGCAUUACAAAUGGUUUUUCUGAGCAGAACAUAGUUGGCCGUGGCGGAUAUGGAGUUAUUUACAAGGGGGUGUUAGAGAAUGGAGAAGAGAUUGCUGUUAAGAAACUUCAUCCAGUGUUGUGGAUUGAUGAUGAGCAGUUUAAGAAUGAGCUUAAUAUUCUAACGAGGGUCAAACACAAAAAUAUCGUACAGUUAGCUGGCUACUGCCACCAUACAUCACAGAUAGUUGCCGAGUACAAAGGAGAACAUGUUUCUGCUAGUGUGGUAGAAAGAGCGAUUUGUUUGGAAUACAUGCAUGGUGGAAGCCUUGCCGAUCAACUUUCUGCUGAAGCUUGCACACUUGAUUGGGACAAAUGCUACAAAAUAAUAAAAGAAAUUUGUGAGGGUUUACAUUACCUUCAUAAUGUUGAUGCUCCCAUUUUCCAUCUGGACUUAAAACCUGCAAAUGUUUUGUUGGAUAAGGAUAUGGUAGCAAAACUUUGUGAUUUUGGUUUGUCAAGAUUAUUUGAUUCGAUGCAAACCUAUAUCACAGAAUCCCAAGAUAUGAAAGGAACACGUGGAUAUAUGCCACCAGAAUACAUCAACAGACAACAAAUCAGUCCGAAGUUUGACGUAUUCAGUCUCGGGGUCAUAAUCAUACAAAUAAUGGCAGGAAAGGAUGGCUACUUCAAUUGUGCAGACACCCAUCCAAAAGUAUUUAUUAAGCAUGUAUGUGAAAACUGGCGAAUGAGGAUGGAAGCAAAUAUGCCGUCCCAUGUAUCUCAAGUGAGGACAUGCAUCAAAAUAGCAUUAAAGUGUGUGGAGGACGACCGAACCCGAAGGCCUACAAUAGCCCAGAUUGUCAAUGAACUAAGUAACAUUGGUAUUCCUAAAAGUAAACCGAUACGUCAGUGGGCAAACAAGCUGACUUCGUUGAAGACCUUCCUCACUUGAAGCAUUGGCUGUUCGUCUUAGUUGCAGCAAUUGCCAUAUUUUUGCAUGGCCUCAAUACUCGAUGUUUGCAAAUCGAUGCAUCAUAUCGACGCAUCAUAGCCAAACAGGAUUGCUUACAUCAACACACAAGUUCGUUGGCUUCAAUUAAUGUGCGCAAAUCUUCGAAGUCAUUGAGUAUGUACUUCAAGCACUGAUGUGCGUGUUCUGCUUGUAAUAUCUCGGCACCAUGAAUCUGUAAAAAUUAGUGUGUAAUGGGUACGCUGGCCAGAUGUUAUAGACGAGGGCUAAUGUGUUGGAACUCGGUCCACUCGAUCCCAUCAUAUCACGAUAAACACGUGCAUAAAAAAUCUUGUAGUCAAA